UGCAGAAGUUUAGGCAGAUUGCCUGAGGUUGACAACUAUACGUCCAAGUGCUAGUUAAGCACCUCCUUGAAGUGUGGAGGCGGUUGGUUGUGUUUCGUAAUUUGCUCUGCCCGGAGAUUGUUCUAUAAGGCGGGCGCGAAAGGAGUGACAGACCUAAGGAUCUUAGCUUGUGCGAAACGGUAAGACAGGAAGGAGUUUUGGAGAUUUUGAUGGGCUUGGAGAUUUAAUUGGUUGAAGGUGUGGUCUGACCGGCUUAUCUGGAGCUCUCUACCACUUUCACUUUUCAUUCUCGCCCGUCGCUCGUGCGCAAAGUGUUUGUGAACAUUUUCGGCUUACUUGGGACAAGGGAUCUAUCAGUGUAGGAUGCCGAAGGAGUCUCGUAACCUGUCGCGUUUGUCGUCCGGUUCACAGAGUUUGCGGUAUAAGCCGUACUCUAGAUAUGGGCAGAGCGGGGCACAAGAAAGCUCUUCUACGGAAGGUGAAGAUUCUGUAGAGAGAAAAGAGUGGGAAGAAGCAACAUGUCCCGUAUGCAUGGAACAUCCACACAAUGCUGUUCUGUUGAUUUGCAGUUCUUAUGCUAAGGGUUGUCGCCCUUACAUGUGUGAUACGAGUUACCGGCACUCAAAUUGCCUGGAUCAGUAUAGGAAGGCUCACGAACUCCGUGAUACACUACCUUUGGCUAGCGUUGGGGAAGCAGAUGUUUCAGUAACCGAACAAGCAGUUGUGAAUAGGGUGGAUGAUUUCGAGGGCGAAAGAGGCUUGGGGCCUGCCCUAGGGCGUGUUGUGAGAAGUCUAGGAGAGAGUGGCGGUGUGGACUACAGACGGGAGGCAUCCGUGGAAGUGGGUGAUGUGAGAGAUGGUACUUCGGGCCAGUCGUCUGCGGGGGCAAGCAACGAGACGGACAACACUAACACCGUCGUGCCAGCAGAAGACCCGGAUGCAGGUGAGCUUUUAUGUCCCCUCUGUAGAGGAAAAGUGAAGGGAUGGAAAGUGGUGGAGGCUGCCCGCUCACACCUGAAUCAGAAGCUGAGGUCAUGUGCUCAAGAGUCAUGCAACUUCAGCGGGCCGUACGAAGAACUUCGGAAACACGCUCGAUGCACACACCCAUUAGCCAGGCCGUCGGAGAUUGACCGCACUCGACAAGAUCGUUGGAUUCAGCUGGAGCGGCAGCGCGAUCUAGGGGAUGUACUGAGUACGAUACAGUCAACCAUGCCUGGCGCGACUGUGCUGGGAGAUUAUGUGAUUGAUGGCGAUGGUGAAGGGGACGAUGAGGAGGGGGACGAGAAUGAUUUUCCGGGGGAUGAUGGGAAUUGGUGGACGGUGUUCCUGCUGUUCCAAGUGUUUGGUCCAGCAGCAUCGAUGGCCGGGGGAAGAGGCCCGCCAUCUUUGGUGCGGGGUCGGUACCAUACACCUCGAAGUAGUGCGGCGCGCAGCACUUUAUGGGGAGAGCCGGCUCAAGGUAACAGUGCGAACAGAUUGACUGGCAACUCAUCUGGGAACAACGAGAAUCUGGGAGGGAGCAUAGUGUCUCGGAGUCACAGGCGCAGAAGUCGGGAGCGUGGAAGGGGCCAUGGUUUAUAGUUGGAAUAGGCAAUUGAUGAUUCAUGAAUUGUGGCUGUGCGACUCCGUGAAGAGUCUUUCAUGGAGGGUGGCCAUCAUGGAAGCACCCGCAACUGGCGUAGGGUGUCAGACAAAUGAUUAAGCCAGUGACUGCAGGUAGUUAGAUCAAGGACUGCAGCUGGAUAGGUUCAGUGUCGCUGGAGAAUUGUUGUUGUGUAUCCAUUCAAGUACAUGGUGGAAAAUUGCACGACGGUCUGGGUGUGUGACGAGUACGAUUUGGGUCGAGGUUUACGUGCUCAGUGAUAUUUCGCUGCAAGUGGGACACAGAAUAUGUGGCUACUUUACAUAGAAGGUUAUCAGGUCAUUCGUGUGAAAAUUCGGUGCUAUCUCUUCAUCACAAUGCUGUGUUAUCAAUAGUGCACCUCUUUUUAUUUUCUUGUUUCACUGCAGGAACCCAAGAAGUCUCCUGUUUUGGUGAUAAAUUGCACGAUGCGCAGCGGUAGUAGACGCUACCAGUGACCUGAAUAAGUGCCACAUUCACGUCCUAGGGUUUCUUGUGGGUCCGUGUCAGACCUCGGCUCCCAAGCAAUAGCUGUAUUCAGAAAAUGCUCCAGUUACGAACUCAGAUGAAUUGGACGAUCUCGCUAUGAUUGAACAACUUUGUUGAUUGAAUUAUUUUCUAUGUGCCUUCAUUACUUGAAGGUGACCUGGGCUGUCUCGGCCACGAGGUCUGCCGUACUAAUGGAGACGCAUAUUCGAAGGA